GCGUCCAUGGAGGUGGGUGAGACCCGGCCGGCCGCCACGGGUGACAAAGAUGCUGCCGCCGCCUGCCGCCGAGAGCAUCAACCCCGGCGGGCUGCCCGAGGAAGAGCUGCGCUGGAUCCUGGAAACGAGCGGCAUCGGCGCCGCCGCCAUGACCGCGCCGCCGGGCUCAUGGGUUGCCGGGAAGGACAAGGUGACGGUGGAGAAAGUGUACCUCACCACGGCCGUUGGGAGCCCCGCACAACUCGGAGGCAACACGGCGCAGGUGAUGGGGCUGAGGGUGCCCGUGAUCAUCAUCAAGCAGGAGGAGUCGUGCCAGUGUCACUGCGCAUGUCGUGACGCCCCCGCGGCGCCCCAGCCGCCGCAGCCCGGAGCCGGUGGGACGGAGCAGCUCGCCGAGGAGCCGGGAGUACCCCCAUCGCAGAAACCUAGCGACUGGGGUGAUGGGAACGAGCUGCCACUGGGUGCACCGAUUCAGCCGGCACGCCUGCGUCGCAGCCCCCUGCUGCGACGGUUCAACCACCGCUGCUGUCUUCUCCAUCCACGCCACAGCAGCAACAACUCGCUGCAAUCGUGCAGCAACUCGUGGCCACACAGCCUCCCAGCGAGGAGAAGCGUCUCCCCAGCCAGACUCCGCAGGCGACGUCGACCAUGGAGCAGCCCCUGCUGGGCUCUGCGCAGCUUGCAACGAUCGCUGCGCAGCAGCUCAUUAUCGCGCCGUCAUGCCCGCCCAAGGCCGAUGCAGCGGGCGCGUCGCUGUUGCAAGAGCAGCAGUCCUUACUUGAACAGCUACAACAGCAAUCGAUUCAGCAGCAGCAGCAGCAACAGGAUCCAUUUCAGCAGCAGCAACUUCAGCAGCAAAAUCAGACCUAUCGGCAGCAUUUGUUGCAACAUGUGCCACCAGUUCAGCCACUGCAACAGCAACAACCGCCUGAGCAGUUGCUUCAGCAGCAGCAACAGCCGCAGCUGGGUCUGAGUACCACACCACACAGGAGAGGCACAAAAGAUCCUCCUUCACCCACUCCCCUCGCGAACGUGUCACUCAACAACCGCACGGACCCCUUUGUGCUGGUGCACAACGACCUGAACACGCAGCUCUCACAUGGCCUGGGGGGCACGGUGACAGCCGGAGGCCCACUCAUCACGGCCGACGGCGGCGGCGGAGGAGGAGUAUUUGGCGACGCCGGGAGGCCCAGCCUCGUUAGUCCCGCGGGAAUGGUCUCGUUGGCCCUGGCGCUCGCCAAGAACGUGUCAGGUAGCCGGGUGGGCGUGACGGGAGAAGUGGUGCCGCACCGGUGUUGUGCGGCACAACCAUUUUGCCAGGGGACGCACUAACGGGGUGGGUGGGUGGAUUGGCAGGAGCUUAUUGACACCAAAAGUGAAUAUGCCAUAUUUGGAAUAAGGGAAGGAUAGACUGUUAAGGGACGUACUACACUAGCCAACCGGAUGCUAGCCCGACCCCAAUCCCUGAUCUUAACUCCACUGCUAACCCUUAACCUGGCCUCCAUUUCCCUACCGAGUUGCUUUGCAGUUUCAAUGUUGGUGUUCUGUGAAACCCGGAAGUGAAAAGCAGAUCGGAGGUGAAUGAGGUGUGAGAAAAGCAGGUAGGAAAAAUAAUUCUGAAUGCUCAGUGAAAUUCUGGGUAGAAAAAAAAUUCAUGUUACUGUAUUUUAUUACUUUUAUUUAUUCCUACAAAGAAACAGGUAUGUGUUUUAUAGCUGUUUUCUACAGCUGAGCAAUACGUGAUGAGGGCAAGGCUAAAGAAAUGGUAGUUUUGUGCGCAAAUGCAGAUAACACGUGCAUUGUGUGUGAUGCAUUUAAUAACAUUUGGUUGUCGUGUUUAGGAAAUUACCAACUUUUGGCGAUUCCGCAGGGGAGUGGAGUUGUCUGUGCCCCUGUAAUGAUAGUGGCCCCCCGCUCCCCCCCCCCCCCGCCUUGUGCCCCCCAUUCUAGAGGCAGCUCCUCGGGAUGGCUGUGGAAGCACUCGAGCUUAAGUGAAGGAUUUCAUCACAGCCAGUGCUGCUGAUAUGCUACCGCAUCUCACAACCGCUUAUUUUUUUUGACCAUGUUCUGCAGUGGUUACAUGGUUGACAUCUGACUGCCAAAUUCAGCCCUUUGUCUUGGUCUCUCUUAGGGAGUUUUACUUUGAGGGCGUGACCAUGGGUGGUCCCACUUUAAGAAGGUGGUCCCGCUGUUUACCGUGUCCUGGAAUUGCUCCUGUGACCAACGCACAUGUAAUGUAGAGGGGGAUAUAUUUACAGCAGUUCUCUUCUUGUUCAUGGGCAAAAUUAGGAGAGGUUAUAAAAAAUAAAACACUACCUAUUUUUGCAAAGGUAUGAGCUAAUAUAGCUUGAAAGUGGGGCACACCUUUUGUGUUUAUGUCCGUUUUAACAUACCGGGAGAGAUGGAGGGAGGGUUGAUUGCAGUGUCACAGCAUUCUUGGGCAAACAUUUCAAGUAGUUAACAUUUACAUUUAGGCAGCACCAUGUGGAUCCUGAACUGGCAUUGAACCGUUGUGGCUAUUGUACGAGUGGUUACCGGUUCAGUAGAUGACAAGUUUGCAAGCCCAUUGGAACCACAGUCAAUGGGACAUUUACAAUGGAACCAGUGUAUUAUUAGAUUUUUUUUUUAUUAAAGUCAGCAUUCUUUACAAGCACUUUAUGGUUUUUGGUUAGCGUGUGUUUAUUUGUUUGCAUUAAUUUAACUGUUUGCCUUAAAGUUCAGUCUGCCAUUUUGGAGCUUUUUUGUGUUCGUCUAUCCUGCAACUAAAGAAAAAAUGAAAAAAUAUAUUUAAAAUAUUGGUAAAUUCUUGCGCAUUGUGGUUCAGUUAUAUAUUUUGUGAUUUGGCAAGAUUCCAUGGUGUAUAAAUUGAGCCGUGAUUUUGAGUCCUGUUCUCGUUCUGAGCACAUUUCAUGGACGUGUCGCGCUGGGAUCAAAUGAUCAAGGCCAAGAAAUUCAUGGCCUCAAUCUGCAGGUUUAUUCUUUAUUGAUGCAAUGUCGGCAUUAAGGUGUACUGCACGAAAACAUCAAGAUGUUUUCGUGCUCAUGAAAAACAACCCACGGUGUUUGCAGAAGUAGGCCAUUGCCUGUGGUGUGGUGGAAUUGCCCACAAGAUUUAAAGGACUGCUAUCUCUACCUGAAAGCUUGCUGUAACAUCAUUCCUCGAUUUAGCUUGGUGGGUGAUGGGCACUAAAUUGCUGCAAAGGGAAUAAGCUUACAAGAGAUAAUGAUAAUGCAAUAUCAUGCUUUAAAGUUCCUCCUAGUAUUCUCCACAGAAUCGAUUGUUUAAUAUGACUUGGUUCCCUGUUUUAUAACCAUAAUAUUGAAAGAUUGAUAAAAAAAAAAUUAGGUAACAGCCCCACAUACAAUAACUGGACUAC